AUUUGUAACAAUAUUUUUAGGUUUUGCCAAUGUCAAAUGAUGUCCGGAAAGCUCUAGCAAGUGCCGCACAUCCUUCAAUAGACGUGGAACUUGCGCCCCCGGAAUUGAUAGGCACUACGGAAAUUCUAACGGAAGAGCACCGUCUCGCCUUGUACCAUCACUUACCUGCAAGGGCUGAAGGCUACAAUUGGACGCUUGUAUUCAGCACUAGUCAACACGGCUUCAGCUUGAACUCUAUGUAUAGGAAAAUGUACAAAUUAGAAUCGCCAAUUUUACUUCUUAUUCAAGACACCGACAAUAACGUGUUUGGUGCGUUGACAUCAUGCGCCUUUCAAGUGUCUGACCAUUUUUACGGCACCGGGGAAUCCCUGCUAUUCACUUUCGUUCCUCAUUUCCAAGUGUACAAUUGGACAGGUGAAAAUCUCUACUUUAUCAAGGGUAACAACGAAAGUUUAAGUAUUGGAGCCGGCGAUGGGAAAUUUGGUUUAUGGCUAGAUGGCGACCUCUAUCUGGGCCGUUCGGAAGCUUGCAAAACUUAUGGGAACGACCCGUUGACGCCCACCGUCGAUUUCGUUGUAAAAACGCUCGAGUGCUGGGCAUUUAUUUAAACAAUUAGCUGAAAUUCAUUCCCCAUCGAAGUAAAAGUAAUUUCAUCCCACACAUGUUCAAGUUACUGCAUUUGACCAGGUAAAUUAUUAUACUGACAUUUUUUCCUCUCUUUAUCGGUUCGAAUAGUUGUCCUUUGGAUUCUGUGUAUUAUUAUGACAAAUUUCAAAAAUCCGAGGCUGUUCUGAUAUAUAUUUGGAAAAUCCAAUAUAAAAGAUGAGAAGGAAGUGGUGUGGCCAAUAUUACUAACAAUAACACAAUUAAACAGAUUAUCAUUUUUAAAUAAGUUCAAUUUAAAUUUAUUUUUAUUUUAAUCAGCAUAGACAAGCACACUAAAAUCAAAAAGCGUAAAUUAAUGUUCUUGAGGCUUGAAAUCAUCAAGGCCUAAAAAUAUGAUAAAAUACGCUCAAAAUGCCAAUCAUUGAUAAUUUUUAUUCCUAAUGAAAACUUUUUCCCAAAAUUCUA